AUGAUGAUGCGAUCCGUGUUGUGUUUUCUGGCAUUUCUUUUAAGCGUUUCCUGUGUCUAUGUGUCGGCGGAAGAAGCUCGUGGUUCUCACACGCCUCCCACUAAGGCUGAAAAACCUGAAGGUGCAUGUAAAGACUCCGAAAAAAAAGAUGGAUCUUGCGCAUCUAGAGUAUCGGCUGCUCCUUCAACUGGUAUGUCUCCUGCUACACCUCCCAAAGCUCCUCAGCAGCUUGGACUGGGUGCUUCAUCUGGUCCUGUAGGUGCGGCUCCCACUGGUCUAGGUACAGCCAUUACCACGACGAGAGGUGACACUGCAGCACUUCCAGACGGACAGACUUCAAAUCGUGAUCUGAAGAACGCAGAGGGCAGGGAAGCAGGUCCUCGUGAAAACAACCCACAGCCAGGACUAUCAUCAUCGUUAUCUCCUGAUCAGCAGCCACAUGAUGGUUCAACUAUGAGUGGCUCUGAGGGUCAAAUGAGAACGAAUGGUGGAACUACAGAAGACACUCCACGACGGAACAGCAACACAGAAACGAAUACCAUAAGCACAGGAUCUCAGAGAACUGAUGACUCCACGCAAAAUCCUACUGCAGAUGCACCACCAGCAGAAAUAACCCCAUCUGAUUCACACUCUGGUGACUCGAACACAGCAAAUAACCAAAGCACAGAGUCUAACAGUACCACUGAUACCGUGACAACAUCAGAAGGGAGUGAAGGAACAAAUGACGAGACUGCGAAUGCUGUGAAUGAAUCAACCACCACCACUACCACCACCACAACAACCACAACACUUCCUCCUGAACUCACAAACAACAAGAAGGGUGAUGCAGACAGCAGCAGCAGUAUCAGCAGUUCUGUGUGGGUGCGUGUACCACUACUGAUUGUGGUUACACUGGCCUGUAUUCUUGUGUGCUGA